AUGACAUUCAAGCAAGUGUCCAUGAUGGCCCCGGAAGCGAUGGCCACCACGAUGCCCAUGGCCACGAUGGAGAACUCCACUGAGGCUGCAGGGCCGGGCAAGGGCAAGGACAUGUUCACCAACAUGAGGGACAAGUUCAUGAAUGAGCUCAACAAGAUCCGCUUGCCGCCCUGGGCCCUCAUCGCCAUCGCAGUGGUAGCCGGACUCCUCAUCCUCACCUGCUGCUUCUGCAUCUGCAAGAAGUGCUGCUGCAAGAAGAAGAAGAACAAGAAGGAGAAGGGCAAAGGCAUGAAGAACGCUAUGAACAUGAAGGACAUGAAGUCAGGCAACCAGGACGAUGAUGACGCAGAGACGGGUCUGACAGAGGGGGAAGGUGAGGAGGAGGAGAAGGAGCCGGAGAACCUGGGCAAGCUGCAGUUCUCGCUGGAUUACGAUUUCCAGGCAAACCAGCUGACAGUGGGGAUCCUCCAAGCUGCCGAACUGCCAGCUUUGGACAUGGGUGGCACCUCAGACCCGUAUGUCAAGGUGUUCCUGCUCCCUGACAAGAAGAAAAAGUACGAGACCAAAGUGCAGAAGAAGACACUCAACCCUGCCUUCAACGAGACCUUCACCUUCAAGGUCCCCUAUCAGGAACUGGGAGGGAAGACGCUGGUGAUGGCCAUCUAUGACUUCGAUCGCUUCUCCAAGCAUGACAUCAUUGGUGAGGUGAAGGUACCCAUGAACACGGUGGACCUGGGCCAGCCCAUCGAAGAAUGGCGGGAUCUGCAGAGCGGCGAGAAGGAGGAGCCAGAGAAGCUAGGAGAUAUCUGCAUCUCCCUCCGGUACGUGCCCACAGCUGGGAAACUCACUGUCUGCAUCCUGGAGGCCAAGAACCUGAAGAAGAUGGAUGUCGGGGGUCUCUCAGAUCCCUACGUGAAGAUCCACCUGCUGCAGAACGGCAAGAGGUUGAAGAAGAAGAAGACCACGGUCAAGAAGAAAACUUUGAACCCCUACUUUAAUGAGUCCUUCAGCUUUGAGAUCCCCUUUGAGCAGAUACAGAAAGUGCAAGUGGUCAUCACGGUGCUGGACUAUGACAAGCUGGGGAAGAAUGAAGCCAUUGGCAAGAUCUUCACGGGCUGCAAUGCCACUGGCACAGAGCUGCGGCACUGGUCCGACAUGCUGGCCAACCCCCGGCGGCCCAUUGCCCAGUGGCACUCGCUGAAGCCAGAGGAAGAAGUAGAUGCAGCUCUCGGGAAAAACAAAUAG